AACCCAAAAUCUUGGCCUCCAUUUACGACUCAGCUCAAUCUGUAAACCAGAGAAUCAGGGACCCUUUUCGAAUCAGCCAGCCAUGGCUAGCAAAUUGGCCUUCACUCUUAUAGCUCCAACUCGCUCUUCUACGAAUCCCUCUGUUCAGAGACCCUUCGUUUCAGUUAACUCGUCUUCCUCCACCAGAGUUCAGUCCUUUCAGUUCUGCCGCCGACCGCUCUGCGUACGACGUCGUUUGCUCGUCCCUCCCUUCAAGGCCGCGGCCGACCAACAGAAAGGAAAUGAGGACGUUGUUGAUAGUAAUGUCUUGCCGUACUGUAGCAUAGAGAAAAAGAAAAGGUCAUUGGGAGAAAUGGAGCAAGACUUUCUCCAAGCUCUUCAAUCAUUUUAUUAUGAAGGAAAAGCUAUUAUGUCAAAUGAGGAAUUUGAUAAUCUCAAGGAAGAGCUAAUGUGGGAAGGCAGCAGUGUUGUCAUGCUAAGUUCUGAUGAACAGAAGUUUCUGGAAGCUUCAAUGGCCUAUGUGUCUGGGAAACCAAUUUUGAGCGACAAAGAGUUUGACGAAUUGAAGAUAAGACUAAAGGCGGAAGGGAGUGAAAUUGUUGUUGAGGGUCCCAGAUGCAGUCUCCGUACUAGAAAGGUUUACAGUGACCUGUCUGUUGACUAUUUGAAGAUGCUCCUGCUGAAUGUCCCAGCGACUGUUGUUGCCUUAGGAUUGUUUUUCUUCUUGGAUGAUCUGACUGGUUUCGAAAUUACAUAUCUGUUGGAGCUCCCAGAACCAUUCAGCUUCAUUUUCACAUGGUUUGCUGCUGUGCCGGUCAUAGUUUAUCUAGCCACACAACUCACUAAACUUAUUGUCAAGGAUGUUUUGAUCUUAAAGGGCCCUUGUCCAAACUGUGGUACAGAGAAUCAGUCCUUCUUUGGGUCAAUACUGUCGAUUUCGAACGGAGGUUCUACCAACAACUUAAAGUGCUCAAACUGUGGAACUCCGUUGGUGUAUGAUAAGACUACGCGCUUGAUUACUUUGCCAGAAGGUAGUUAGACCCGAAACUUGGGAGAGGAUCAAUAAGAUCAACUCAAUUAUGUAGCAUUAAGUAAUUCAUAAUCAGCACUUGCGUGUAAGUCUUUUUCUUGUGCUGAAGAUUAAACUAAUCAGUUACGCUGGUAAAAUAUCCAGAAAUUGGUUGUGAAUACUGAAUACCUCAACAGUUGAUUGUGAAUAUGAAUACACACGAAAAAAGUAUCAUGA